AUGGUAAAAUAUGUUCCAAAACCCGAUGAUCAUUUAUUAGGCAAUGCUGUACAACAUCGAGAAGUACAAGGAAAUGAAAGUGAACGUUUUUUAUCUUAUUUUAAAUCUCGUGGUGGUAUUACAUAUCGACAAGGUGGUAUUGCUUCGGGUUUUCAUCGUCAUCAAUCAACAAAUGAACCACGUUUAUUUCGUUUAAAAGGUCGUCAUACUGUACGUCUUUUUGAAAUGCCAUCUAUUGAUUGGUCAUAUAUAUCACGUGGUGAUGUUUAUUUAUUGGAUUUAAAUGAAGUUAUAUUUAUAUGGAAUGGUUUUAAAUCUAAUAAAUAUGAACGUUUACAAGCUAUGCAACGUGCUAAACAAUUACGUGAUGAACGUGGUAAAACAAAUAUUGUUAUUAUUGAAGAUGGUGAAGAAAUGAAAAUGAGCAAAGAUGAAUUAAAAUUAUUUGAAAGUAAAUUAUCAUUAAAAGAUAAAAAAUUAAAUUUAAAUGAAACAAUUGAUGAUAAUGAUGAUGAUGAUAAACGUUCUGAUGGUGCACAUAUUAAACUUUAUAAAUGUUCAGAUGAAAGUGGUACAUUAAAAGUAACUGAAAAAAAAGUUGGACCAUUAGUUAAAAGUGAUUUAGAAAGUGAAGAUGCAUAUAUUGUUGAUAAUAGUGCAUAUGGUGUAUGGGUUUGGGUUGGACGACGAUCAAAUCCAAAAGAAAGACGAGAAGCUAUGCGUAAUGCUCUUGGUUUUCUUCAAAAAAAAGGUUAUCCAAAAACUACAAAAGUUUGUCGUGUUAUUGAUGGUGCUGAACCAAUGGAAUUUAUAGCUUUAUUUAAAACAUGGCUUGAUUUAUAUGCUCAGAAAGGUCUUGGAAAAACAUUUACAAAAGGACAUAUUGCUAAAGUGGUUUCAACACAAUUUGAUGUAACAACAAUGCAUUCACAUCCACAAUUAGCUGCUGCAACACAAAUGCCUGAUGAUGGUUCAGGAAAAAAAGAAAUUUAUCGUAUAGAACAAUUUAAAAUGAUUCCAUAUCCUGAAUCAAUGCAUGGAAUUUUUUUUGCGGGAGAUUCAUUUGUUAUACAAUAUACAUAUAAUGAUCAACAACAUUCAUAUACAUUAAUUUAUUUCUGGUUAGGUCAUCAUUCAAGUCAAGAUGAACAAGGUGCAGCAGCUAUUGGUGCUGUUGAAUUAGAUAAAAAAAUUAAUGGUACUGGUACAAUUAUACGUGUUGUUCAAGAUAAAGAACCACUUCAUUUUAUGGCUAUGUUUCAUGGUCAUAUGAUUAUUUUUAAACAUGGUAAACGAAGUGGUUUUAGAAAUUUACAAUAUUAUGAUGAAAAUACCAGUGAAAAUAAUGAUACAUAUUUACUUCAAGUUCGUGGUCUAUCAAAAUAUGAUACAAAAGCUGUACAAGUAAAUAUACAGUGUACUUCAAUUGAAUUUCCUUCCCCCCCUCCCUUCCCUCUUCUUUUAUAUUUCUUACUUUAGACUAUUCUAGUUUGCUUUGUUUUUUUUGGGAUAAUGGAUAUAUAGCGAGAAAAUACAGAAUUUAUUACAUGGCAUAAUUUAUUAGUCAUAGAUAACAAAUAGCAAUCGAACAUCGGAAAAAAAGAUAGUAGUUUUUUUCUUCACUAGAAAUCUGCAGUAAGAUUAAAUCGAUCCGUUGUUUUUGUACAUAUUGAUGAACAUAAGUUCAUUUUUCAUAAAUAUGUUUAUCGAACUAAUAUAAUAUGGUAAUGACAUAUUAUUAAUAGAAAUUCUGUAAAAACAAAUCAAGUAAAUAUUAAAUUUGUUCUCGGUUUUCUUCUUGUCUGUUUCUUUGUCUAUAUCUAUAUUGAACGAAUAGCACAUAUAUUAAAUCAAUAUUACCAUUAGACAAUUUAAUUUAAGAAAGUCGUUCGAAAUCAUUAUUCAAUUACAGUAUUCAUCACUACACUCACAAACUUUUUAUUCAUUAUCAAGAGAAAGGAAAUCAGCAGUAGAUAUAUAAAUAAGCAUUUUCUUUCUUGUAAUGAAAUCUGUAUUUUCUCCCUAUAUAUGUAUUAUCGAAAAAAAAAGCAAAUUUUAAUAGUCUAGAGUAAGAAAUAUAGAGGGAAGAGUGCAAUUUAAUUGAGGUGCAUUGUAAAUCAAAUUGAAAUUUGAUAUCAUAUUUCUUCUUGUUCAUUAAUUUUGUAAUAUGAAACAAAAUAUUCUACUUUUAUAUUUUAAUCUUAAUUAAAAAAACAAUUGUUUUCAAUAUAUAUAUAUAUAAUAUAAGAGAAUCAUUCGAAAUGAUCAAUUUCUUUUGAGCUCAUAUUACUAUUAUAAAGAGAUAAAUGUUAGUUGUUAAAAAAUUUAAAUUCGAAAAUAUUUUUUUUUUUUUUUUAAAUUUUAAUCAUUUUAUUGAAUAUUCUAAAAUAUAGAAGUCUUUCCCAUCAUCAGAUGUCAGUCAUUAUAAGAGAUAGAGAUCUGGAAAUUUCUGUGCUCAUAAUUCAUCAUGAAUGUAGGUCAAUGGAAUUACCCAGGCUUCAUUUGCUUAAGCAGACACUAAGUCAUAAUAAAUCGUAUCUGUUUUUGUUAUAAGCUUCUUAAUUUUAAUAGGCAACAAACUAAACUUUGUCCUACUCCUUAUUAAAAUACAUGAUUAAUUCUGAGUAUUUUCACAUGAAACUUAAGUCUCAUCUAUAUUCUUUUUUUUUUAAUCCGAAAGAUAGAUUCAUUUACUCGGAUAUUGACGU